AUGUUCGCCGCGGCGGCCGCGGCCGCGUUCUUGUUGUUGGCCGGCACGGCCAUGGCCAGCGAGUACCCGGAACGCGAGUGCUGCGACCCGGUGGACCCGCCGCCGCCGGUGUCCGCGCCCGGCACGUCCAACUACGACGCCGGACAACCGGCGGCCGAGAGCACCGCCGGACUCGCGGCCGAAAACUCGGUCGCCGUCGACGUCCGCAGAGGUAAUACGCGCGGCUAAAUAGUACCGUAGCAGUAGCAGCACGCCGGCCGCCCCGCCUGACCGCACCGUACCGCGGCCGCGGCACGACAAUUAUAAAUAGAUUAGGCCCGUCACACCGUCGCGCGCGCGUCACGACCGUUUGUCGUAUCAGUUCUGGUUCUUCUUGUACGGCACGAGACCGGAUACGGCCGUCCGGUGUUCGGAUAUUAACAAUGUAUGAUAGCGUAUAACGCGUUAAGUGCAUAGUACGUACAAUAUUAUUAUGCGACCGCGACAAUAUUACGAGUAAUAUUGUUAUCAUUGUUGUCGCUGUCGUUGUUGCUGCCGUUUUUUUUUUUUUCUAACGUUCCUUUUCGCACUAUUGUUCCGAAUAUUAAUGUGCAUAGUAUAACGUUGUGCUGCACACCUCCGGCACCGUCCCUCGACCCAUUUAUCCUAUUUACUCCGCGUGCCCCACUCCCCACCCCCCACCCCCGUUCCAUAGCGAAAUAUUAUAACAAUAAUAAUUAUUAAAAUAAAAUAUUACGGCGGGGUGUACGCAAACGCCAUCACGCGGUUUUCGUACCACGAGGUCUGACGGAACGCGUGGCUACGUGCUUGUGUAUAGCCGUUACGCCGCCGCCGCCACAGCCGCGAUACCGUUUCCGAUAAUAAUUUCCCCUUGUCCCCCGUCCGCGGCUUGUUAAAAUACGUUAAUACGUACCCGUAAUGUUGUAAAAUAUCAACUAAUAUACGAAAACUCGUGUAAAAAUUAAAAAAAACGUAUAUCCGCAUUAGUACGUGUUUACGAAAUAUGACCGCGGGCAGUCGUAUUGUUUUUUUUCCCCCGCAUCACAUCAGUCAGAUUACCCGACAAUUUUAUGACCGCGGGUUCGAACAAAUAUAAUAUAACUCUUGUUUUUCAAUCACAGUUCAUUGACGAUUGUUAUGGAAAGUAACGUAACAUUUUCAUAAAAUGCUUCCGUGUAAAUUUCGCAGCUGUUGACGGUGAAAAUAGAAAAAAUUAUGAAAUGUAAAAGAUAGAACAGUUAUGAAUCAUAGCGAUCACUUCUCGAGUUUACAAUAUUAAUAUUACUGUAAACAAAACGCCCUAAAAUGGGGCUAGGAUAAUGGGGUCGGGCGCAGCCACUACUAUAAGUAAUUCAAUGUACACCUGUGAGCAACGAUAAACCUUUGCCAACAAUAUAGAUGUCAUAUUAUGGUAAAAUUCCAAUUAUUCCGAUUCCAAAUUUAAAAUGGAUCCCGUUUCUUUUCGAUUUUUCACAUUCGUUGAGAAAACUCUUGAGAAAAUCGAAAAAUGGACUGUCUAAAGUACCUCCCCAGUGAAAUUUCCUUUUAGAAAAAUUGCUAUCAUUAUAAGUUGAAGCAAAACUGCCGGUAGAAAAGUUGUCCGCAGAAAAAAAUAUCGUAAUAUUAUACAAAUACAUUUCGUACAUAUCCCCGUUUUUCCUCUGUUUUUUUCCGUUUUUUCACAUUUGUUAAGAAAACUUCGGUGAAAAUCGAAAAAAAACCUCUCUAAAGCACCUCCCCAGGUUCUAACAAAUUUAAUAGUACUAUUGUUUUUCAAUCACAAUUCCUUGACAAUUGUUAUAGAAAGUAAAGUAAAUAAUAUUAUAAAUUUGAUCUUUUCUUAUACCUUCUUAAAAUGCCUCUGUAUACAUUUUAUGGCUGCGACGGUGGCAACAGAAAAACAUUAACUGUAAAAGAUAAAACAGUUCAUCAUUACAGAUUUCCGAAAAAUGAGUGGGUCAUAUUAAAACAGGGUCAUUGAUGACCAAACAGGUUAAAUAUAAACAUUAAAUUAAGUAGGCCUUUCAAUACUGAAUUUGCCGUAGAACUUAUCGAAAUAAUUGUUUGUUGGUAUUAUUUUAAGACAAAAUUGAAAAUUCCAAACAUUAUGAACAAGUCAAUUUCAUGAUUUAUGUGCUAUCAUCAUAAUUCACUGGCUGACGCAUUAUUAUUACGGUACGGAAAAAAUUAGUUGAUAUCAGAGUUCGGAGAAAAGCAAUACGGUAGACAUAAAAACUUAAAACCUUAAGUGCUGGCAUAACUCUUUAUUUUAUCAUGUACUUAACUAUCCCAUUGAUCUGGUUGAAAAAUUGAUUAUUAUUAUUAUUUUUGUCGAUGUUAUUAUUUUUUUGUUUCUAUUUAUUUUACGGAAAUUUGGCUGCACGUGGUCGCCGUAUUUGGCUGUACGUAUUAUUAUUUUAAAGGGAGUAAAAAACGGGUUGGGGGGGGGAAACGAACUAGAGAAAAAAAACUUUAACGGUAUUCGAACAUCGCACGCAACUUUCCAUUUAACCGUCACCGUCGUCGUCGCCGUCGUAGUACACGUAUAUUAUGCGAAUCGAUAUCUUAGAGGACAUAUAUAAUAAUAAUAAUAUGAUGUCCGACUUUUUUUUUAGAUUCUGAGCGUAGUGGUAAGGAAUGUUUUGAUUUUACUAUAUUAUGAUGUGUGUGUGCUUUUUUUUUUGUUCGUUUUUGUAUUAAGAACUUUUCGAGUAGAGUUCUUGUUCCAGUCAAAAACUUUACUGGAACUUUCCGGUAUGGCGCAUUGAGGAGGUCAUUAUUUUCCUUAUGUUCAAUUUAAAUCGAUCACAUAAUAUGUUUUUUAAUAUGUUUAUAAUAUGUAACCGACUUUCGCUAAAAAUCAUUUUUUGUUUGCAAUAAUUUAUAUAUAGUUAGGCAUUUUAAGGCUUUAGGAAAAAUAAAAAAUACGGCCUUUUGUCAACAGUGGCGUAUAUAGCCCCCUCUACACGUCAGUUGUACAAAACAAAUGAAUGAUUACAAUUUAUUUAUCAAUUUUCACAAACAAAAUUACAAUGUUAUACAUUUUUUAUCAUUACAGAGUACAGGCUACAGAUAUCUUGUACCUAUUAUUUAUUAAUUAAUGUACCUACGUAUAUUUAUUAUUAUAUAGUUAUAUUGAAAAGCAAAGGUAAACAUCUUUUUUUAUAUUAUUAAUUAUUAAGAACAUACAUUUUUAUUCUUAUAGUAGAAAUUAGCUUUUUUUUAAUAUUACUUUUCUUAAAACUUUUUUUAAAGCAAAUUCAUUUAUUAUGUCAUCAAAGUUUAAAGAAGACGUAAGAUCGCUUUCUAUUGACAGUAAAUCUAAGUUAUCAAGUCUUUCUUGA